GCGUAAUCUAUUGUCAAUUAUGGGAGUAUUUAUUAACUGUUCACCAACGGCUCUUCAUAGUGUUUCUUCCCCUUCAGCAUUCAAUUUUAGUUUUAAAGUCAUUUCGUCUUUGCCAAUCUCCGGAGUUCACUGAGUUUCUCUCUAAUGGGUUCUGGUUCUUCUCCACCAUGGCCUGUCCAAAUAUUCAUGUUUGCUGUUGUUAUGCUGUGCUUGAUUGCGGUGGUUGUGGCUCAGCUACCGGGCAAGUGGGAGGUGUUGGUUUCAAACGCCGGCAUAGCCUCCAUGCACACGGCGGUGACGCGUUUCAACACGGUGGUCCUUUUGGACAGGACCGACAUCGGUCCAUCUCGCAAAAUGUUGCCCAAAGGCCACUGUAGAUACGACCCAGGGGAUGCUGUUCUCAAGCGCGAUUGCUACGCUCACUCUGUUGUGUUAGACCUUCAAACAAACGAAAUCCGACCCUUGAUGAUUCUCACCGACACCUGGUGUUCCUCUGGACAGUUUCUUCUCGAUGGGACGCUACUGCAGACUGGCGGUGACGUGGAUGGGAUUAAGAAAAUCCGGAAAUUUGAGCCCUGCGAGGCAGGCGGGACUUGCAAUUGGGUGGAGCUCCGAGACGUGGAGUUGGUAAAUGGGAGGUGGUACGCUACAAAUCAGAUAUUACAAGAUGGUUCUGUGAUUAUUGUUGGAGGCAGAGGAGCAAACACUGUAGAGUAUUAUCCGCCGAGAAAGGGAGGCGCCAUUCCGUUUCAAUUCCUCACCGAAGUUGAGGACAAUCAGAUGGAUAAUUUGUACCCAUAUGUCCAUCUUCUCCCCAACGGCCACCUUUUCAUCUUCGCCAACAACAGGGCGGUGUUGUACGAUCACCAGACCAAUAAAGUAAUCAGAGAUUACCCGCCGUUAGACGGUGGUCCUCGAAAUUACCCAUCGGCUGGAUCAUCCAUGAUGCUGGCACUUUCUGGGGAUUUCUCGACAGCAGUGAUUGUCGUCUGCGGUGGGGCCCAGUACGGAGCUUUUAUCCAGCGAAACACAGAUUCCCCUGCUCACGGUAGCUGCGGCCGCAUUGUGGCGACGGCGGAGAACCCAACUUGGGAAAUGGAAGAUAUGCCAUUCGGGCGAAUCAUGGGCGACAUGGUCAUGCUUCCUACUGGUGACGCCUUAAUCAUUAAUGGAGCUCAAGCUGGCACCCAAGGAUUCGAGUUGGCAUCCGACCCCUGUUUGUACCCGGUUCUUUAUCGCCCAGAUCAGCCGGUUGGAUUGCGGUUCAUGACCUUGAACCCAGGAACCGUACCCAGAUUGUACCACUCAACCGCCAAUUUGUUACCGGACGGGCGGGUUCUAAUAGCCGGAAGCAAUCCGCAUUAUUUCUAUAAGUUUAAAGCAGAAUUCCCGACCGAAUUACGUAUCGAGGCAUUCUCGCCGGAGUAUCUAUCGGCUGAUCGUGCCAAUUUACGACCGGGAAUCGAAUCCAUUCCUGAAACGGUACGCUACGGUGAGGGAUUCAAUGUGUUAGUGUCCGUUCCGUUGCCGGUGGUGGGGAUUCUGGAGGUCAAUUUGGGAAGCGCGCCUUUUGCAACGCAUUCAUUUUCACAGGGACAAAGGCUGGUCAAACUGACCGUUACGCCAUCUGUGCCGGAGGGCCGCGGUCGGUACACGAUAAAGUGCACGGCGCCGCCAAACGGAGCCGUUGCUCCGCCUGGGUAUUACAUGGCAUUUGUAGUCAAUCAGGGCGUACCAAGUGUAGCACGUUGGAUUCAUUUGGUGCCUUAAAUUUCAUUAAUUAAGGAGAAUUUUCAUUUAUUUCUUUGCGACAAAUUUGAAUUAUUUUGCAUUUUGCCACAAAUGUAAAAUCAAAUGUCGGUAGAGAAUUGAAGACCCUACCAAACAACUCCCCCACCAACUACUAAUUGUUAAUAAUUUUUGUAUUCCUUUGUUUCAAACGAAGAAAAAGAAUUCCCACUA